AUGGUUACGGACUUAAUCUUACCUGCACUCCCGAAAGUCAAAAGUAGGGAGCCUGCUGUUCUCAUGGCAAUUCUAGGUGUAUAUAAACUAACAGCUGACUGUGAAUCGGUUGUCGUCAGUCGCGAACAAUGGGCGAAAAGCGCGCUACCAUUUCUAAUACCAAUUUGUGUUGAAAACACGCUAAAUCUUGGUCAAUUUGAGCAAUUUAUUGCUUUCGUAAAGUCUGUUAUUGGAAUAGUAGAGCGAGAUCAGCGUCUUCGUCUACAACAACUGAGUGCGAUGCAAGAGCAGCAAAUUGACGCAACAAGUCUCGACGAAGUUAUGAAACCAGAUUCCACUAUAACCAACACAGAUUUGGCAAAUCUCAAGGAUAUUCAUGGCAUCGAUAGCAUAGGAUCGUGCCUUCCAGUAAACUUGGAGAAGGAGUUGCCACUAAGUGAGAAAGGGAUAAGAGCAUCAAAGCAAGAACGUAAUCAUGGAUUACAAUCGCAAGCUUCAAUACAGCCUGUACUUUCGCCAGUGGAAUAUAGUAAGCUGCCAACAAUGGCUGUGAAACCUAACGACGGAUUCACUUUAGUAGGAGAGUCUACUGUACAGCCUUUCCAUCAACAGCUUGACAUGUAUAUCUGUCCGCAGAAGUUUGGUGUUGUUCCAGCAUUGAACAACCUAGAUUUAUCGGUUUUUGAAAGUGGUGGGUCAACAUGGGCUGAAUGCAGCGCCGUUGAUGAGCAUCUGCGUAACAACUGUGCUUCUGAAGGAUCAACGAAUGCAGCAAUUCAACGUACCAACAAAUUCACAAAGCCGCUUACUUCGCUUGAUUCAUUACUGUCGUUUUCCUCGAACAGUCAUGAGAUUGCACGAAUUGAGGAGAAUAAUAAAUCUCUCAACUCAGCGGUUCACCAUGAUGGUAGUAAAGCACUCGAUCCAUUCAUGGAUCUCUUCAUGUAG